CCUGGGGCCCACUUCCCUGCUGACUGGCACACACAGCUCAUUCCUUCACACCCAUUUCCAUACACUGCCCACUCCAAGCCAGCUGGCCAGGGAGCAGCCAUGCCUCACCUCUACCAGGCCCCAGGGCCCCAGGUGCACCCAGUUCCCAAGGAUGCCCGGACUAUCCACUCUUCAGGCCAGAGCUUCGCGCAGCUGAGGGAGGCAUGCCUGCAGAGAGGUGCCCUGUUUGAGGACACAGACUUCCCAGCCAACAACUCUUCCCUGUUCUACAGUGAAAGGCCCCAGGUCCCCUUCAUAUGGAAACGUCCAGGGGAAAUUGUGGAAAACCCAGAAUUCAUUCUUGGAGGGGCCACCAGGACUGAUAUCUGCCAAGGGGAUCUGGGAGACUGCUGGCUGUUAGCUGCCAUCGCCUCCCUCACUCUUAAUCAGAGAGCGCUGGCCAGAGUCAUCCCCCCAGACCAAAGCUUUGGCCCUGGUUAUGCCGGCAUAUUCCAUUUCCAGUUCUGGCAGCAUAGUGAGUGGCUGGACGUGGUGAUUGAUGACCGGCUGCCCACCUUCAGGGACCGCUUAGUUUUCCUCCACUCUGCUGACCACAAUGAGUUCUGGAGUGCCUUGCUGGAAAAAGCCUAUGCCAAGCUGAACGGGAGCUAUGAGGCUCUGAAGGGUGGCAAUGCCAUUGAGGCCAUGGAAGACUUCACUGGAGGUGUGGCUGAGACCUUCCUGACCAAAGAGGCCCCAGAGAACUUCUAUGAGAUUCUGGAGAAGGCCUUGAGGAGGGGCUCCCUGCUGGCCUGCUCCAUUGAUACCAGAAGUGCCUCAGAAGCUGAAGCCCGGACGCCUUUUGGUCUUAUUAAGGGUCAUGCCUACACUGUAACGGGAAUUGACCAGGUAAACUUCCAAGAACAGAAAAUUGAAUUAAUCAGAGUCCGGAACCCCUGGGGCCAGGUUGAGUGGAACGGGUCAUGGAGCGAUAGCUCUCCAGAGUGGCGUUCUGUCGGCCCAGCGGAGCAGAAACGUCUGUGCCAUGCAGCGCUCGAUGAUGGGGAGUUCUGGAUGGCAUGGAAGGAUUUCAAGGCCCAUUUUGACAAAGUGGAGAUCUGCAACCUCACUCCUGAUGCCCUGGCGGAGGACACUCUCCACAAAUGGGAGGUGACGGUCCAUCAAGGAAGUUGGGUGCGUGGCUCCACAGCUGGGGGCUGCCGCAAUUUCCUGGAUACCUUUUGGACCAAUCCACAAAUAAAAUUGUCCCUGACUGAGAAAGACGAGGGGAAAGAGGAAUGCACUUUCCUCGUAGCGCUGAUGCAGAAAGAUCGAAGGAAACUCAAGAGAUUUGGUACCAACGUGCUGACUAUUGGUUACGCCAUUUACCAGUACCCUGGCCAAGAUGGACACCUCGACAGAGACUUCUUCAGAUGCCACGCUUCCCAGGCCAGAAGCAAGACGUUCAUCAACCUGAGAGAGGUCUCCGGCCGGUUCCAGCUGCCCCCUGGAGAGUACAUCGUGAUCCCUAGCACUUUCGAGCCCCAUCAAGAAGCUGAUUUCUGUCUGAGAAUCUUUUCAGAGAAGAAAGCCCUUACCCAGGAUCUGGAUGGGGACGUGGCCGUCGAUCUUCCUGAGCCCCCAAAGCCGACACCGCCUGACCAAGAGACAGAUGAGGAGCAGCAGUUCCGGGCCCUGUUUGAACAAGUUGCUGGUGAGGACAUGGAGGUGACAGCAGAGGAACUUGAAUACAUUUUAAAUGCCGUGCUGCAGAAGAAAAAAAACAUCAAAUUCAAGAAGCUGAGCCUGAUCUCCUGUAAGAACAUCAUCUCCCUCAUGGAUACCAGCGGCAAUGGGAAGCUGGAGUUUGAGGAAUUCAAAGUGUUCUGGGACAGGCUGAAGCAGUGGAUUAACCUUUUCCUCCAGUUCGAUGCUGACAGGUCUGGCACCAUGUCCUCCUAUGAGCUGCGGACUGCGCUAAAAGCUUCAGGCUUUCAGCUAAGCAGCCACCUCCUACAGCUGAUUGUCCUCAGGUAUGCGGACGAGGAGCUCCAGCUGGGCUUCGAUGACUUCCUCAAUUGCCUGGUCCGGCUGGAGAACGCAAGUCGGGUGUUCCAGGCUCUCAGCGAGAAGAACAAGUUCAUUCAUCUCAACAUAAACGAGUUCAUCAACUUGACAAUGAACAUUUGAGGCUACCCUGGUGGGGAUGCAGCCUGUGCAGAGGAGUUGUGGGUUUGGGACCACGCAGCCGUCAUGCCCAGAGCGCUCUGCUCUCCCCAUCUUGA